GGACGCCGAAGGCGGCAGCUCCUUGGAGAGCGCAGGCUGGGAGAGGAGUGGGGCUCAGGAAGGGGUUCGGGCCCGCUCCCUACGUCCGCGGAUGGGACGCCGGGCCACUACUCCAGGUCUCCAGAAAGAGAACCGUGGUUGCAAGGACCCAUCCACCCUCCCGCCCACGCGGAACCAACCGCCUUCCGACCCCCGCUCCAUCUGGUUUUCCCCAGGGGUGCCAGCCAAGGGACGUGGGGAAGCGUGAAGGCUGCGACUCACCGGAACCCGGAUCAACGAGGGACCAACUGGAACCGGCGCUUUUUGAUAGAGGUGGGAUCUUUCCAGCCAAUCCUCGGAGAGGCACUGCGAUCGUUCCUGCUCGUGCGCCAGCCCGUUUUGACGUCAUCGCGCAGCGCCGGAAGCGGCCAGGCACAGAUGGAUUUAUGAGGGCGUGUCGGGGUCCGCGUUCCCGAGGUAAGGCAGUUGUUGGCCUGCCUCGUCUCCUGGCUGGGUUGGACGCCGCGGAUGUGGGCGUUAGGCCGGAGCUCCUACCGCCUUCUAGUGAUGUGCGCUGAUUGGCGUUCUCCCGGUUGCCCUCUUGGUAGACCUCGCGCCGUGUUUCAGCGGGCGCUCACGCUGGCCUCCGCCCCACUUCGUGUUUGUCCCCGUGUCCCCGGCAUCUGUACCGAGCUUGGUCUUAACACAGAGUAAUGAUGCGCAUGUGCUGGUUGGUGAGACAGGAUAGCCGGCACCAGCGAAUCAAACUUCCACAUUUGGAAGCAGUUGUGAUUGGGCGUGGCCCAGAGACCAAGAUCACAGAUAAGAAAUGUUCUCGACAGCAAGUACAAUUGAAAGCAGAGUGUAACAAGGGAUAUGUCAAGGUAAAGCAGGUAGGGGUAAAUCCCACCAGCAUCGACUCAGUCAUAAUUGGGAAGGAUCAAGAAAUGAAGCUGCAGCCUGGCCAGGUUCUCCACAUGGUGAACAGACUUUAUCCAUAUAUUGUAGAGUUUGAGGAAAAGACAAAGAGUCCUGACCUAGAAGUGCAGAGGAAGAGAAAGAGGUCAGAAAACAGUGAUUCUGUAGAAGGGGAUGCUGCCCAAGAAGCUGAGUCUGGGACAGAACUGGAACCUGGGAGCAGUCCUAGCCAAUAUUCUGUGCCCCCAAAGAAGGAGAAAGGUACAGCUACCAAAAAGGAGUCACUGGGCCACUGGAGCCAAGGCUUGAAGAUUUCUAUGCAGGACCCCAAAAUGCAGGUUUACAAAGAUGAUCAGGUGGUGGUGAUUAAGGAUAAAUACCCUAAGGCUCGUCACCAUUGGUUGGUCUUACCAUGGGCCUCCAUUUCUAGUCUGAAGGCUGUGACCAGGGAACACCUGGAACUCCUCAAACAUAUGCACACUGUUGGGGAAAAGGUGAUUGCAGAUUUUGCUGGGUCCAGCGAGCUCCGCUUCCGAUUGGGCUACCAUGCCAUUCCCAGCAUGAGCCAUGUGCACCUUCAUGUGAUCAGCCAGGAUUUUGAUUCUCCUUGCCUUAAAAACAAAAAACACUGGAAUUCUUUUAAUACAGAAUACUUCCUAGAAUCACAAGCUGUGAUGAGGAUGGUACAAGAGACUGGCAGAGUGACUGUCCGAGAUGGAAUGCCUGAGCUCUUGAAGCUGCCCCUUCGUUGUCACGAGUGCCAGCAGCUGCUGCCUUCUAUCCCUCAGCUGAAAGAGCAUCUCAAGAAGCACUGGACAAAGUGAUUCUGUGGAGUUCAAGCUCUGCUGUGAGCAUGGCCGGUUAUUUGGAGUGAACUGCUGACACCUCUUCGGAGUUGCUUGUAAACUUCUACUCAUUUCUUGAAUUAAAACUUUUAGCUUUCUUAUGAAGCUAAUUCUA